AUGAAGCUGAACAAGCUGAACGUGCACCUACAUCGCAGUAACCUGCCCGACCUCGACCCGUCCACCAUCGAGGGUCUCGCCCCGCUGGCGAAGAACUUUGUCGUCCCUCAAGUCGGGCAAGGGCUAAAGCGCGGAAUACCAUUUCCGAUCAGGGACCAACUUGAAUUCGUGAACCCGACGCUGCGGGUAGACGAUGGGUACGUCGAGCUGGCCGCCGACUUCAUCCUCAACGAGGCCGUCCUCAAGAAAAAGAUGGCCGCCGCGUUCACUAACAUUAAAAUU